UUUUUUUCCCCUUGAAUCUUUGAUCUGUUGGUAGUCGUUUUUUAUCCGUACAAGCAAACCUUUUCAAUGUCGAAAAGAUCGAUUUGAAUUCAAUCACGCACUCUGUCGCUCUCUCUGAUUUUCGGCUUCGAAGCGCCGAAUUCCUUUGGACAAUCCACAUGAUCUGAAUUUCCAGGAAUAGCAAGACCUCCCAAUCCCACCGUCUAGGUAAGUCUCUGUGUGUUUGGCUCGCUCGUCGUGUUAGGUUUUCUAUUGACGAAUGAAGUCUCCACUGGGAAAAUUGCGAAAAUUCGCACUGCACGACAAAAAUGAUGCCAAUGAUAAAAGGGACUUUUCCCCUUCCGCUCAGAUAGAUGAGCUCGCUCGGGCUGCGCAGGAUAUGCAAGAAAUGAGAGAUUGCUAUGACAGUUUACUUUCUGCCGCUGCUGCUAUAGCAAACAGUGCAUACGAAUUCUCAGAGUCACUGCGAGAAAUGGGUUCUUGCCUAUUGGAGAAAACUGCACCACAUGAAGAUGAAGAAAGUUAUAAACUGUUGUCAAUGUUGGGAAAAACGCAGUUUGAACUUCAGAAACUUGUUGAUAGCUAUAGGUCUCAUAUAUUCAUGACAAUUACAAACCCGUCGGAAUCUAUUCUCAAUGAACUUCGGACAGUUGAGGAUAUGAAACGCCAAUGUGAUGAAAAGAGAACUGUAUAUGAACACAUGAUGGCUCAGCCAAAAGAAAAAGGACGAUCAAAGAGUGGAAAAGGUGAAAGUUUUACUCGACAACAAUUACAAACAGCUCAUGAUGAAUACGAUGAAGAGGCAACACUUUGUGUAUUCCGGUUGAAAUCUCUGAAGCAAGGGCAGUCUCGGUGUCUCCUUACACAGGCUGCUCGUCACCAUUAUGCACAGUUGAAUUUUUUUCGAAAAGGUCUAAAAUCACUUGAGGCAGUUGAUCCUCACGUUAGGCUGGUCACUCAAGAGCAGCAUAUUGACUAUCCACUUUCUGGACUUGAAGAUGAUGUUGGGGAGGAUGGUGGGACUGAUUUUGCGAAUAGCUAUAAUACUAAUGAGGAUGGGGAACUGAGUUUUGACUUUAGAGCAAAUAAGCGAGGUCUUGAUGUUGUUUCCUCCUUGAAGAAUUCAAUGGAGGUUGACGUAGUCGACUCUUCAUUUCCCCAAGAUUCAUUAGCAGAAUAUGCAGAGGUAAAUAUUGACAAAAGCCAAGGGGAUCACAUGGCUAUAGGUAGAGAACGUAGAGUUGGCAGCCAUUCAGCCCCCAUAUUCCAAGAAAGGAAAUCUGAGCUCCUCGAAAAAAUGAGACAAAUUCCAUCAUCAACAAGGAAAUCUAAUUCUUAUGUUCUUCCCACACCCCUUGAUGCAAAGGGUGUUAUACCUUCAAGAAAAAGUAAUGCAAUCCCCCAAGCAAAGCCGGCAAACACAAGUGGUCGAGCCUAUAACUUGUGGCAUUCUUCUCCUUUGGAACAGAGGAAACAUGAGAAAGAUUUUAAUGAUGGUCAUUUGUCAGAGCUCACUGCCUUGAAAAAAAACUUGGCACAGAAAGAGAGCAACACUAACAUUGCCAGCCAGCUACCCCUGCCUUCAAAAGAGGGAACUUCUAUUCCACAGCUUGAUACUUGUAAUUUGUCUGAUACAAAGAAAAUCAAAAGAGAGGCUUUCUCUGGCCCAUUAGCUAGUAAGCCAUCCUUUACGCGAGUAUUCUCCGAACUUCCUCAACUAGUUUCUGGUGUGGCUUCUCGUGUGCCUGUAUCUCAAUCUUCUUCAUCUCCAAAAAUAUCCCCAAGUGCGUCACCUCCUCCUGCUUCACCCAGAAUAAAUGAACUUCAUGAGCUUCCUAGACCACCAGGUAAUUUUGGCAGCAAGGCAGCUAGAUCUCAAGGAUUUGUUGGCCACUCUGCUCCGUUGGCCUCUCGAAAUUCAGAAGUUUCUGUGUCCAAUAAAAGUCUUUCAGCGACAUCAAACGCUGCAUCCCCUCUUCCAACUCCCCCAUUGACAGCUUCCCGAAGUUUUUCUGUACGUUCAAGCAAUCAGAGAGCUAUGGCGAUACAUGUUUCUAAGCAGUUGGAGCCUCCUCAAGUUGCAGACAAGGCAGAAGAAUUUGAUUCUCCUCCAUUGACACCUAUUUCUCGUUCUCUUACGAGCAUCAAGCCAGUAUCAACUGUAACUGAGUUGGUCUCUCAAUCUGGUCAAAGUAGAGGGGGAGCUGACGGGUGAGGGUUGCGAGGCUAUAAUUGUUUGUUUUCCUUCUCAGGAAUGUUCAGAGUCUCAACAUUUAUUGGUUGGAUACAGGUUUGUGAAUAUAAAGUUAAUGGAUUGUUUAGUUCCUCAUCUCAAUUAUCGUUUACCAUUUGUGAUGAGAACUAAGCUCCUUGCAAUUGUGCAUUGAAAAUUGACGUGUAUGUCUUCCAAUGAGAAAUUUUGUUCUUUAAAUUUUCUUUUCCCCAUGAAAGAUUGUGUGGGGAAAAUUCUGUGUGAAAGCCGGAUGAUGGUUUUGGAAAUGAUCCUUCUCAGAUCUAAACCUUGAUAAUUGUAAAAUAACUUGGAGAGUCUGUACAUUGGCGUGCAUAUGAAAGUGUUAAUUCCAUGAUUUUCAACCCA